GCGGACGCAGCAGGAACUUCGGAGCUCAGCUGCGCUUCACGCACAGACCGCCGCGGUCUGAGAGGCGAGCAGGGAGAGAGAAGCGGAGCCAGUGGGAGCAUCCAGCGGCUCAUGGAGAGCAGAGCCCUGCUUGUCCGAACAAAGGGCAGCUUGAUCGGAUGCCUUUUACCACAUCUGCGCCGUUAGAUGCUUUUCAUCCGGGAAUAAUUGGUUAAUCAAUGGCUCCCAAACAUGCGCUCCUUCGCAGAGGAGGUGAUAAAACGGCAGUGAGGCAGACGCUAUGGGAAGCGGGGAUGGUGGCCCGGUGUCCGCAGAGGAGAACCCCGGCUGGGAUGCUGAUCGGAGCGCUCCUGGUCCUGAUGAUGCAGAGCGCUUCAGCCGCUGAAGCUGGGAGCGAACAUCAUGUGUCAAUCGAGCACAGGGACGUUUCUCUGGACCCUACAGUCCUCACAGUAACUCCUGGUAUGAGAGACAGAGCUGGGGUUAAAGAGGCGUCUCCUGGAGCUGGUCCUGACGUGGAACUCAGGCGCUGGCCUGAGGGCAAAGUGUUUGCCGAGGCGAAAACAGCAGUCUGGACAGAAACACGUGAAGAAGUGGGCGCAGGAGCACAUGGAAAAGUCUUUGCAGAGGCUGGGAUUAUGACAGAAACUCAAGCUUGGGCUGAAGGAUGGAGGCCAGCAGACACGGAUGAUACGCUGCCAAGCGUGCCCGAAGUUCCAGCUCAUAUGCUGGUCCAGGAAAAGCUGAGGAUGGGUGGAGAGGUCCAAAGGGAGCAGGCGGCCCUGUCAUCUGUUCUCUCCAUGCUGACAGAGUCGGCAGAACUGCACACUGCAGCAGUCCGAAAACCUUUGGGGCUGCUCUCCAAAGCAGCUUGGUCUAGGAGCUCUUCUUCAUCAUCCAAGGCCUUAUCUUCGUCCACAAUGAAAGCAUCCACUCUGCCCUCCACUCCCUCCUCUCCACCCAGUAAAAAACUGAGUCAGACUACAGCAUCAAUCAACAUAUCUGUGGCUUUCGGAAACAACGGCUCUUCAACUAACUACAGUUUGGAUGAAAUAGUGAGCAAUCUACCAGCUUGGGAUCUGCCAACUGUACCUGAAUCACUCCUCUCCACAGUGGGCGACCAUGAUAUCACACUUCCCCCCAACGUCACUAGCCCUUUCUCCACCCACCAGUGGAAUACCACCAUGCCUGUACGUCCCAGGAUCCCUGCACAGAACACAACUACAGCAGCCCCGCCCAUGCAGACAUCCCCAUCUACAACCACCACUUCAACCGUGCCCUUUUCUACCACGAGGAGGAUGGAUGCAGGGCUAGAACCCAACAGUACCACACACAACACCAGCACGGACACUGUGACCAGUGGCAGCGUUCAGCUGACAACGAUAACCACAACUUCACCCUCAACAACCACCCUCACUGUUAGCAGCACAGAGAUAGCAACGCAGGGGACGCCAAUCACUGGGAGCGCCGUAGAUCCGCUUCCAAACACGACAGCUGCUGCAACAACAGAGGAAACUACAAGCCUACCAAUCACAACCACUGCAACUACUCUGCCAACAACGACCUCUACAACUGCGCCACCCCCAACUACAACCACCACAACCACUGUUCCCCCAACUACUACAACCACAACCACCACCACCACUACUACCCUGGCUCCCACUACUACCACCACUGUAUCGACUACUACCGCCGCCCCCACCACGACCACAACUACCACCACCACCAGGGCACCCUCCACCACUGUCCUCAUCCCAGUUCCAACCACUCUGCCUCUAACAUCAACCUCACAAAGUCUCUCCGCUACCAACGCAGAGGAAAUGCCUCUGCCAUGCAACGUGACAGAGAAGUUCUGGGUGAAAACAGUGUUGUCUAUGGAGCUCCGCAGGAACCGCCUGGACCUGAUCCUUAAACAGAACCUUUCAAAGGGACUGAGCUACGCUCUGCAGAGAGCCUUAAAUGAUUCCAAAGCCUCUGCACAGGUGGAGCGAGACGAAUGCAGCCCCCACAACCUGACUCUGGGUUACUACGUCACCAGUGGGAAAACCGUCUACGUUUCUUCCAUGGUUGUUGAGGCGCUGAACGUUUACGGCUUUGACAAGCUGCUGUCUGACAUCAGGCAACACACCCCGCUAGUUAAGGCGGUUCUGGUUCCCGUGGCAACCUGGGUCAGCGCUCCACAAAUUUACCUGCAGCUAAAAACAGUUUUGAGAUUCGUGGGGCCUACAGACAACAUCUACUCAUGCAGUUUUGUCCAGAUGUUGGAGAAGCGACUGGAGAACGCAUUUGAAGAGGCUCAGGAUAAAGUACUGGAGAACUACAACAGACUCACGGUGGAGAUCCAGAGUGUUUCUCAGGAGUCUGGCUCCCCAUCCGUUACACUGGUGUAUGUGGUUAAAAACCAGGACGCUGUUCUGAACGGGACAAUAUCCAGCGGGCUCCUCAACCAGCUGACGGCUGAGCUGGUGGGAUACUUCCUGUUCUACCCGCCGCUGAUGAUAGCUGAACCUCUUGAAUACCACAAUCUCAACACCUCUACAGCAACCAGGAACUACUGGGUGAUCACAGUGAUCCAGGAUGUGGACAGCUCCUCCCUGGAGGCUAACUACCAGAGCUUCGCCAGCCUCAUGGAGCAGCGCCUGGCUGAGCUUUUCCUGGUGGCUGGCAGGCAGGGCUCUCGGUCCAUGAGGUCCCGGCGGGCCACCACUGUGGGCGGCUACACCGUGCAGAUGGUAAGCAUGAGACGGCUUCCAGGUCCCAAAAACCCGGCAGAGAUGACUUACUACGCCCAGCUGAAUGGCUUACCCAUCACAGGAACGGCAGCGGCGAAGACCCUCAGCAGUCUGGACUCGCAGACCAUGGCUCUGACGCUGGGAUACUUUGUGCAAGUGCAAGCUGAACCCGUGGUAAAGACGCCACCAGGCAACCUGUGGAUCAUGGCUGUUCUCACACCUCUCUUCUUAUUAAUGGUGGUGAUUGGAAUGGUGGCCUUCAUCCUGUGUAAAAGGAACCGAGUCAUUUUUAAAUCAGGCGCAUUCAGGACCUUCAAGACCCGAUCCAAGACGUCAUAUCGAAGGGAGGGCAGUUACCACCACCAGCCUGUACAGGGCUUUGACUACGCCAAGAAGCACCUAGGUCGAACUGGUGAUGAGGCCGUCUCUGUUACCAAGGAGACGCUGGUGUUGGGGAUGCCAGUUCGAGAUGCACCUCUAUCAAUGUCAUUGGAUAAGAAGGUUCACCAGGAUGGGACAGCAAGUAAACGACCUCCGUCAGCAGAUAUACACAAAGGAGGACGGUUACCAAGCGAGGACGGCUCGGCGUCGAGCAACAGCUCAGGGAAGCUGAACACCAGCAAGAGCUCCUCGGCCCGAAGGACCAUGACAGGCAACAGCAGCAAGAACGGCAAGGAGGAGCUCCACAAGAGGAGCAACAACGACCCUUAUGAGGACCAUUCAGGCUCUCUGCGACUCAUCACCAUUAAACCCAUGACAGCCCAGCCCACCUACUCGUAUCCCUCCUCCUCCUCACACAGCCAGGACUCCGUGGUUGUGAACGGAGAGGCAAAUCACGUUGGGCUGAAGCAGAAGUCAGACAUUGAGCACUACAGAAACAAACUGCGUCAGAAGGCUCGAAGGAAAGGGUACGGAGAGUUCUCACUGUCGGAGAGUCUCAACCACGGCUACAGUCACCGUGACAGCAGGCACAACCGGCACGAUGCAGCCAUCAAGCAGCCCAUGACGGCUGAGGAGAAGAGGGCCUCUUUUGCUGGAUGUCAUAAGAGGUAUUCCCAUCCAAGAGAGCCAACAUACUGGAGCCGUCAGUCUCUGAGCAGCCCCAGCCCAGUAGAGACUGAAAUGGACCUGCUGGUUCUGAGGGAGAGAUCCAGGAGGGGCAUCCGGAAUAACGGCUAUGAUGGUGAACCGGAACCGUUUGAGGAGACCAAUGUGGACCGUCUGAUGAGCUCGCUGGGUUACGGAGGAGGAUCCACUGGAACCGGGAACAGCAGUUUGGGGGUGAAAGCUCACCGUGGCUCCGACUCCUCCACACUCAGCUCGCAGCCUUCCAUUGACGAGGUCCGCACGCAGAUGCACAUGUUGCUUGGCAACGCUUUCAGCCUGGCGCCUCCGGAUCAUGACCCUCCCUCCCCUCCAACUAACCACCAUCACCACCACCACCAUGCCCACAGUGUCUACAACCCCACCCACAGUAGUCACUACAAUGAUGGUGUGACCAGUGCCCCGGGGACCAUGAACCACCCCUGUGGGGGCAGGCAGAGGAACGCAGGUUACGAGGACAUGCACCAGUGUAGCCUGCCUAAACCGGGUUUCCGGUUCACCCAGCUUCCUGAUAUGGGCAUCGGUUCUCCCCCGCCUCUAAUCCCCUCCAGACCAGGACCGCCACCUGGGACCUCAAUACGAUGUAACAGCUCCACCCCUGACGUGAGCCUGAAGCCCCGUGUAUCUGAAGCAUCAGAUCUGCAGACCCAGCAACACAACGGUGCCCCCUAUCUGCCACUGGCCAGGACACCUUUCCCUGCUGUCACUGUGGAUCAGUCCAUCAGCAACUACUCAGGAAACCCAAUCACGGCAGUCUACGCUAUAUCAGCCAACCGACCGGGUUAUUCGGAUUACUUCGUCAUGUCUCCUCCGUCCUCGUACAGGAGCCCCUCCUGGAUGUCCUACCCACCCGAACCUGAAGAUUUACCACGGCAAUGGAACGACACUCCUAACUCGCGUCAUCUUGAGACCAUCUGCUGAAGAUGGCUGCGGUGAGAGAGCAGAAUAACUCUGUGAUUUGCUUCGUUUCAUCCUUUUCCUCCCUGCAGGCAUCUUUAAGGCUAGAUGACCUCUUCCCCUCUGAAGGCCUUCUUUAGAUUCCUCUCCCUCAUCCUCCCUGACCUCCACCUCACCAAAGUACCUGAGAACACGGCUAGGUGUUCCACAGUUCCUCUGCCCCAGGAAAUCUUUCACUUUCUCCUCUUUAAUCUCUUUACCAAUGACCACCUCAGCCAUAUUUUUCUCUGUCCAUAUUCUGAGCUGCCUCUGGCCUCUGUAGUACGUCCUGGCCCCUCUGGAUCUCCCCCAGCUCUACAACCAGAGGCUCCUCAUACCGGUUGGUGAAGCUGAGCGGAGCUUCCUGCAGGGUGAACAAACAGAGGGAAUACGGCACGGUGUGAAAAAACUCCAGCAUUACUUGCCAUCUGCCCAGCACAUGAUGGCACACAGUUAUUAGUAUUACUGCCCCAGCAAAGGCCGUCUCUACUCCUCAGCAUUGAACCAGGCUGGUCUGGACUGGACCUGAACUGUGCUGGACUUAAGGUCCACCAUAAAGCCAGGAAAGCUGAACUGACAUAAAACUGUGCUUUUUUGAUGAACCCAAAUCCCUCUGUAAAUCUUAUACAGCUGGUUAAUAUGUGUAUUUUGAACUUA